UCUGUCAUUUUUGCACAGGCCUCGGUUGUUGUCAUUUCGAAUCGAGCACUUUUUUUAGGAUAGAAAUUACAUAAAUUCUCAUCGAUUUUAUGAAUAAAUCAAAAUAGUUGGUAGAGUAUGCGGAAGUUAUUGAAUAUAGCGAAUUUACCAUGUAAAUUCCAGCAAAUUCGUGGUGUAUCGUCAGCAACGGCGGGUAUAACAAAAACACAUCGCUUGCUAUAUUGUCGAGUUUAUCCAACGACUCUCGUUCAACCGGACGGCUCAACGAUUACAAUUCGAUAUCAUGAACCACGCCAGAUUAUUCAGCUACCGCUUGAUUUGACUACAUUGACGGAGGAAGAACGAAAGAGACGAUUGGAAAGUCGUAAACCACAAAUCGUUAUGAAAGUUGAAGAAGAUUUGGAGGAUAACUUCAGCGCCAGAAAAUACUUGCGAUACGUCAAGAAAUGAAGUUUUUUUUUCUCGAAUUUGUGCUAUUGUAUUAGAAAUUGCCAUGGAAUCAAUUCUAUGGAACUAGACGACAACCGAAACUUGUUUGUUGAUUUAAGUCAAUAAAAUAUGUUGAGUUUUUAUAAACUUGGGUGUCGAUUGUUUUG